CUGAGGAAGAAGGCUCAAAUUUGGUACAUUGGCUGGUUAGGUAUCGAAGUGCCACCAGAAGACCGUGAAAAGGUCUCUAAGAUACUUGAGAGGGAUUUUCAAUGUCUUCCUGUUUUUCUGUCCUGUGGAAUGGCACGAGACUUUCAAGAAUUCUGCGAACGAAUUUUGCGUCCCACCUUUCACUUUAUGGUUCCUACCAUGGCAGACAUGUGCUUGGCAUUUCACAAGGGCGCUCUGGAAAAGCAAAGUAAAUGGCAGACCUAUAACACUGUGAAUCUUGAAAUGGUUCAACCUCUGGUGGAGAGGUUCAAUGAUGGGGAUUACGUGUGGAUAGUAGAUAUCGAGUUGUUAAUGGUUCCGGCAUUUGUUGGAGCAAGGUGUAAAAGUGCUAACAUUGGGUUUGUUUUCAACACUCCAUUUCCUUCAUCGGAUAUAUUUCGGAUGCUCCCUGCUCGCAAAGAAAUUCUACGAAGUGUGUUGAACUCGAAUAUGAUAUUCUUUCACUGUUUCACUUAUGCCCGGCAUUUCCUGACCUGUUGCUCGCGCCUGUUGGGUCUGGAAUAUCAUUCGAUGCGAGGAGGACUUGUACAGCUGAACUUCAGAGGGCAUCACGUUCAUAUCCGUGCGAGUCAUGUCGGCAUGGACUCAGGGACCUUCUUGGAGAAGUUUGAGAGUGAUGAGCGCGUCCCUCAGUUCAAGGCCAAGUGGAAUGAAAUCUUCCGCUCCAAACACGUUGUUCUCGGUUACGAUGACCUCGAGCCUAUGAGUGGGAUCCUACUCCUGCUCCGCGCCUUUCAAUCUCUUGUCCGCCUGUUCCCAUCCAUCCUGGGCAACGUUGUUCUUGUUCUCGUCACGGUCCCGCUGCAGGAUGCUGAAGGUAACGAGAUACACUCGGACUACAGAAACGAGGUGGCAAAACUUGCGAACGAGCUCAACAAUGAAUACCCGGGGCUGGUCCUUCACUAUCACAGGAGAAUGCCGUUUGCGGAGAGGGUCUCACUUUUUUCCUGUGCUGAUAUGCUUGUCAACUCGUCGAUUCGACAUGGUCUCAAUCUUGUUCCCUUCGAGUUUGUAUUGUGCGGUGACGAGAAGAAAGGAGGGUUUGUUGUCUCGGAGUUUCUCGGCUGCUCUCGUGUUCUGCCUGGCGCUGUCAGGACGAAUCCCUGGAGGGACGAGGAUCUUGCUCGAGCGAUUCACAAGCUGCUGCUGCAAGACGACCACGAGAAGAAGUUCUGGCAUGAAUUGCAAGUCGCUUUCUGUAAGAAGAACACCGUUUACUCAUGGGCAGAGAAGGCCUUUCUGGAUAUGAAGAAGAUCCGAGAAACGAUGUUGGAGCUUGGAGAAGAUGUUCGAGCGCGAUGCCGGGUGGGGAUAGUGAAGAUGCCGCAUAAGGAGAUGUCGUCGAAGCACCUGAAGCUUGAGCAUGUCUACUCGGCAUAUCAGCAGGCACAAACUAGACUAUUGAUUGUCGACAUCGACCUGCUGCUGCGGCCGAUCUUGUAUCCCGAGAAAGCGCUGGAGGGGCCAGCAACUUUGACGUCUAAGAGAGAGAUUGCCAAGUGCUUGCGAAACAUCUCGGAGCACCAGGGCAACUUCCUCUUCCUUCUGAGCAGCUACUCCCCUGAGGAGAUCCGCAACUACCUGGGGGAGAUCGAGGGGCUGGACAAGGUGGGGCUGGCGGCAGAGGACGGCUACUACUACAAGUGGCCGGGAAGCCCUCUUGGGCGAUGGGAUACGAAGAUGCACAUCACGGAUGAGUGGAAGGACGUGGCGGUGGGGCUGAUGCGACAGUACACGCAGAGAACCAAUGGAAGCUGGAUCGAAGACGACAAGAUCUCGUCGGUGACGUGGCACUGGGAGAGCGCAAACCCGGAGUUCGGGUCCCUGCAGGGGAAGGAGCUGCAGAAUCACCUGCAGGAGAUGCUGUCGCACUUCCCGGUGCGAAUCGUCCUUGGCAAGACUUUCGUGCGGGUUAGACAUGAGGGAGUGACGAAAGGAGCGUUUGUCGAGCAUACGAUCAAGCACUACAACAACAGGGGAGGGGUCGAUUUCCUUCUGGGCAUUGGAGAUGACAUUGCAGAUGAAGACAUGUUCAAGGUGAUUGACAGAUUUGACCGCCUCUCGUCUCCUUAG